GUACCGAGCGGCCCCGCCCCGCUCCCGCCAUGGACGAUGUGAUGCUCAACGUGGACUUCGCCGUCCCCGAAUGCCGCCCCACGAAGGAACCGGGCAACCUGAAGCACCAGCGCUUCGUGCGGCGGCGGCGGGAGCUGGAGCGCAGGGGCGUCCUGCGGCAGAAGCAGCUGCCGGCCGCGCCGCCGCGGGGGCACGGGAGGAAACCCAGGAGAAAACCCAGAGAGAACGGCCCCGCCGCCGCCCGGUGCCCCCCGGCACCCCAGAACGGCAUCAAGGGGAAGAGUCGGGGGGCGGCUGUACCGGCACCCCAGAACGGCAUCAAGGGGAAGAGUCGGGGCUCAGCUGUCCCGGCACCCCAGAACGGCCCCACCGGGAUCAAGGGGAAGAGUCGGGGCUCUGCUGUCGGAGCGCCCCCGGCAUCCCAGCACGAUUCCACGGGAACUGCUGCUCGCGCUAAGAGCAAGGGGAAGGGUCGCGGGGGCCCCCCGGCGCCCCCCAAGCUGGUGGCCAUAGACUGUGAGAUGGUGGGCACGGGGCCCGGCGGGCGCACCAGCUCGCUGGCCCGCUGGUUGGGCUCAGAGCCUGCUGGGGGUCUCACCCCCUCCUCUCUGCAGGUGCUGAGGGUCCUUGCUGGCAAGGUGGUGGUGGGCCACGCUAUCCACAACGACUUCAAGGCGCUGCACUACUCGCACCCCAAAGCUCUGACCAGGGACACGUCGCACAUCCCCCUGCUGAACCGCCGGGCUGGCUUCCCGGAGAACGUCUCCAUCUCCCUGAAGCGCCUCACCAAAGCUCUGCUGAACCAGGACAUCCAGGUGGGGAAAAGUGGCCACUCCUCGGUGGAGGAUGCCCAAGCCACCAUGGAGCUCUACAAGGUGGUGGAGGAGGAGUGGGAGCAGCACCUGCAGCAGAGCCAGGGGCAGAAGUGACAGAGUGACGCCUCCAGCCCAGUCCUGCCCCUGGGGGGGGCACAGUGGUGGCCUCGGCCUGGCCCUGCCUCUGGGGGGACCCAGAGUGAUGCCCCCCAGGCUGGUCCUGCCCCUCCAGGCUCCUGGGAGUGCUGAGGGGCUGCCCUUGGAUGAUGAGGAGCCAGGUGUGACAUUCCUCAUCCCCAAGCCUGACGUGCCUUGUUGAGCUGCCGCUGUUCCUGCCUGUCCUCCCCAGGAUUUGGGGAGGGGCUGGGACGGUGCCUGCCCCAAGAGGGGUCUCUGGGACUCCCAAACACUUCAGGGCUGCUGCUGGUCCUGAUCUGGGAGUGACAUUGGGGCAUCCUGAGCACAGCCCCCACCACUGGGACUUUGGGAAUGGAGCAGGCUCCUUCCUCUUCCCAAAACUACCUCUGUCGGCGCCGGGAGCUGCCGGCGUGCCCCGGGACGCCGUGCAGGAGUGGCUGGGACUCAGAUCUCUCUGCAAAGUCCCCACUUUGCUCUUGCAGCAGCUUUCCUCGGUGGUUGAGUUCCGCCUUCCUCAUCGUGCAAGGGGCGGGGCAAACCCGGUUGUGGGGAGCAUCAUCGCCCCAUUUGCCUUCCUAAACCCCCCGGGCUGCCCCAGGAACGACCCCAACGCCCUCGGGGGAAUCACCUCCCGGCGCCGGAGGACAGCCUUACCCUGAAGGCACCCGAGCCCGCCGGGAAACGCUUUGAACUGAAAGAUUUGU